AGGAAAGAAAAUACAAAUGCCACUUGUGCCCCUAUGCUGCUAAGUGCCGUGCAAACCUGAACCAGCACUUGACCGUCCAUUCUGUGAAGCUGGUGAGUACAGACACUGAGGACAUUGUCAGCGCCGUCACCGCUGAAGGUAGUGAUGGGAAGAAACACCCUUAUUAUUACAGUUGUCAUGUGUGUGGAUUUGAGACCGAGCUCAAUGUCCAGUUUGUCAGCCACAUGUCACUGCACGUGGACAAGGAGCAGUGGAUGUUUUCGAUCUGCUGCACUGCCUGCGACUUUGUCACCAUGGAGGAAUCAGAAAUAAAGACUCAUAUUGGCACCAAGCACACAG